AUGAGUGCUACUCCAGCCAAGGAGUUGGAUAAGCAUAAAACUUCAACUGCAAGUAAUUCAAAUCAACCUAAGUCGUUUAAUGAUUAUACAACUCCAUCACCAACUGAUGAAGAAUCCACUAAAAGUUUAAGCGGUGGUGGCGUCAAAACAUUGGAUUCUAGUUCGGAAUUUUUACAAAAUUUGAAAUCCUAUAGGAACAAUCCAGACUAUCAUCAUCAUCUAUCUAUGGAUAAGUUAUUAAUUAAAAAUGAAAAUCACCAAGAAACAACUAAAAAAACCGCAAGUACAAAUAAAUCGAUUAUCGAUGAAAAAAUUUUUGAGAUAUUAGGCUUACAACUGAAUAUUGAACAUAACAAUACUUGGUCAUAUAAUGCGGAAACAUUAAAUGAAUUAAUCAAAUUAAAAAUUGAACAAGAAAGAACAAAACAAGAUGAGGUCAAGAAAGAGUUUACAAUGUUGACUAUCGAAUUAAUCAAUCUAAUAAAAGGUUUAAAUUUGAAUGACACAGACUUAUUUGCAUAUAUAUUCUUAUCAGAUUCAACAACAAGUGAAGAUUUGAAAAAUAAGAUUAAUCAAUUAACAAAACUUAAUCCGAAGGAAUUUUUAGAAAUAUCAUCACAUAAAUCGUCUGGCGUUAAAAGAAAACAUUCAGAUACUCAAUUACCAUCAUUUUCAGAAACAACUCAAAGUAUUAAAAAUCAAAGUAGUACGUUGGUUUCUCCAUUAAGAUCACCAAAUAAAUCACCAAUUAUAUCUCAUCAUAGAAGAAUUGUUUCUGAUUCAAGUGAUUCAAGUUUGAGAAAUACUAAAGUUCAUUCGCCAAAUCCUCCACCAAUUACAAAUCAAUUGCCAUUACCACCACAAUAUAGUACUCAUAAUUCAAACCAAAAUUCAAAUGCUAAAAAUUCAAACUUAAAUUCACAAAAUCAUUCACAACAACAUCUGCCAGUAAUUUCACAUCAAAUGGCUCAAGUUCAACCACCUCAUGCAUAUCCAGUGUAUUAUCAAACUCCACAAUCGAUGGCUCAACCACAACCAUCAACUCAAGAUAAAACAAUUUUAAGUUCUCCUUAUCAACAAAAAUAUCAAAUGGUUUAUAAUGCAUCAAGCUAUCCUCCACCACCUCAACAAGUUCCAUAUUAUGUUUCAACUUCUCCUCAAUUAAAACCUCCUCAUCAUCAAUUACCACCUCAACCACAUCAUCAACAAUAUGUAUUUCAACAACCACCACCAUUAUUACAACAAAUACCACCACAACCUCCAAAACAAUCCGUACCUACACAUCAGUUUGAAAGUCCCGAGAACAAUUCUAGAAAAUCAGAUCAUCUGCAUAGAGAUGGUGCAAUAACACCAAAUGUUCAUAAUACAACAACAACGUCAAAAAGGCAUAAAAAUUCAAAGAAUAAUAAUGGUAAUAGUAUAAAUUUUAUGAUUACAACUCCAAAGAACCCACCAGCUAGAAAAUACAAUAAUCCAAAAGAGAAACAUACUUAG